AUGACGUUUUUUGCUGAAUCUCGACUGAUAUAUUACUGCGAAUCUUUUAUUCAGUUUCAGUGUCGUAACCUACUUGAGUGUCUGAGUGUGCAGAAUUCGAAUUCGACCCGCGUAUCAAGGACUAGUCAUGGUUUUCGGCGGGUAAAUACAUUUUGUGAGGGACAGCAGAACACCUCGUUGCUCAAUCUUGCAAAUGAAUCCGAGUACACAUCGAUUGCGUUUCAGGCCUUCUCACAGGCGCCGUUGUGGAAUGUGCCUGCCUUGCAAUCACCUGAUUCGCACCAGAGUGAUCGACUCAUUUCUCAGGAUCCUCUAGCUAUCUCCGGCACUAAUUUAUCUGAAUCGGUGUUCUCAUCCCGAUGCCAAAAUUUUGAUGUUUCCACAUGCCAGACCCCUCCAAAAUUAAAGUUUGGACAAUCCAUUAGUGAAGUACAUUCAAUUGAAAAAUAUCGUGGCUCAUCGGCUUUUAGUCAUUCUGUACUUAUCGAACGUCUUGCUCGCAUGAACAAAUGCCAGCCCUCCGGUGAAUUAAUUAGAAGAUCUUCAGCGUCACAGUCCGCUUUGGGUGAUGGUAGCCGCUCUCAUUCGAUAUCGCGUGUUCGCAAAUCGGGUGUGAUAAUGACCCCUUCCUUCAUCCCUUCCACUUCUCCUCCCAUUAUACUCGUUAAUGACCUUGAGAGGGGUGAUACGCUUAGCUCCGUUUCUAGCAGCAUGCGUGAUGAAAAAAAGUCUUCAUGGGCCCACCUUUUCGAUGGCGAUGUCGACUUACCAAUCACUCACAAUUUUGUCCCCGAUAGUGAUUAUCAACUGAAAAAGCUCUCCACACAGAUGGAAGUUGAGCACUUGAGGAGCAUUUUGCGUGCUGCAACACCAAAGUCUCGGAAAAGCAGUCUAGAUUAUUUCUCUCUAAAAAACAAAUCGGGGUCUUUCUCGAGUCUUGCCUUCCGCAAAUAUUCGUGUACCUCCGUGCCAAAGAUAGACCCUGAGCACGCUGCUCGAAACUGCGGCUCCGUUUCCUCGCCCACCUCUCUGCAACCACCGUCUCCUCUCCUGCCAACCGUCCAGGACUCCCCUGCUAUUGAAUCGAGUCCAGUCCCGAAGUCCAAGAACACCAGCGCCAUGACCUGCCGCUUUAGUCAUCGAGAACACAAUAUUUUGGCUCCCCUAUCUUUUUAA